AUGGAGGAGAAAUGGCAGAUGCAAAAAGGUUCAGAAGCUUGGUUUAUGCAACAACCUUCAAUAGUUCAUUAUGGAGCAGCAAAAAGAGUCUUGCGUUAUAUUGCAGAAACUUUAGGGUAUGGUGUUUGGUACUCCAAAACUUCGAAUUUCAGAUUGUCUGGGUUCACAGAUAGUGAUUGGGCAAGUUCGUUGGAUGAUAGACGAAGUGUUUCAGCAAAUGUUUUCACUCUAGGUUCGGGAGUGAUCACUUGGAGUUCGAAAAAGAAAGCUACAGCAGCACUGUCAACUUUAGAAGCUGAGUAUAUAGCAGCAACCUCAGCAGCUUGUCAAGCCAUUUGGCUAAGAAGGGUGUUAGCAGAUCUUCAACAUGAGCAAAAGGAAGCAACAGAAAUAUUUUGUGACAACCAAGCAACUAUUACCAUGACAAAAAAAUCCAACAUUCCAUGGCAGAACGAAACAUAUAGACAUUCGCUAUCAUUUUAUACGCAAUCUGGUUGCAAAAAAGGAGAUAACAUUGGAAUAUUGCAGCACUCAAGAUCAGCUGGUAGAUAUGCUGACCAAGUCAUUAUCGAAAGAGAAGUUUUGUUAUCUUAA